UUAUGAAACGGAUGCGAGAGCAGUCAACUUCCUUGACAACGCUCGUGUACUGUGUAGAGAGAAUUAGCGUUGUGUGGUUGUAUUUUGAGGAAAUCAGGGCUGCUGGCUUUAUAAUAUCUGCUGGUUUUAGAGUACCUAAAUCGAGGAGAUAUGUUUUGAUGAUCCGUUUUGAUUGAUUAUGUUUUUUCGUCAUAAAUAUUUAGCCAUGUAACAUGCUUGCUAACAACGAAUAACUAAAUCGAAUGAGAGCAUGCAGCUUAAUUCCCUCCACUUACGUAGCUGGUAAAAUACUGUAUUCUGUUUGUAACAUUUCCUAAUGUUAUUCAUUUCAUGAAAGUUCGCAGCUCUAUCCCAUUUUCUGGUAAACAAUGGCUGAUUUGCCAUUGUUUCAUGCGGUACGUGUUGGGAUCUUUAUGUUCAUACUUUCGAACCAAAGAGCUGUGGCACAGCCCACGGCAUCCGAAACAACUUCAGCGAAGCCGCCAGAGCUUUGGGUAACCACAAAUGGUUCGGAAGAAUCUGUCACUUCUACUCCCAUGGAAACGGAUACGCGGGCAACGAUCGAAUUUGACACCUUGGUGCCCAGUUCCUUACCAGGUGUCACGCCCGAGGGUGCCUCCAUACCCACCACAGAUCCAGAUAUGACUACAGCUCAGACUACCAGAGACCCAGAUACAAUUCCAACUAAUGAUACAACAGACAUAUAUUUAAUUACGACGGAAGCUACUACAGAGACCAGUAUAAUGCGAAGUGAUGCUAGCACCUCAGUGUGCACAUGUGAUUUGACCCCUGGCUUGUGCGACAUUGGCUGUUGCUGUGAUACCAUUGACUGUGGAACUAAUGACUUAGGUUCUAUCUUUGCUGGUUGUGAGGUUAAACAGAGUUCAGGUGUAUGCAUUGAGAAUUGGCUGAUGUUCAGAGGAAAUGUAGAUCCCACCCUCAUCACUGUCAAUGACACUUUCUUCUGUGUUAGAAAUGGAGAAGAUCAGCUGAAAGACCUGCAGACCUUCCCAGAUGUCUCUCCACUUCCCAGGACUCAGAACCCUUUCUCCUUCGCUCAACAAGAUUCCACACGCCCCAGCACCACAAGCACAGCUUUCUAUAGGGUUGAUGAUUCCAUCCUGACCAAUUUGAAAAGCUCAUCCCUGCUGAGCGUGCUGAGACAGCCUUCACCAGGGACAGCUAGCACGUCCUGUGUGGACCGGAACCCAGCCAGGUUCCUGCACUCCGUCUCCCUCUCAUGUUCUCGUUCAGUGACGGCCUUGUCCUGUCUGGAGGACCCCAGUGUAAAUGCCCGCUCCUACGCUAAUGGCAUCAGCCUACUCAAGGCUCCUGUGCCGCAGAAUGUCUCUAUCCCUAACUUUAUGAUCCCAGUACUUCCACUCUCAGAAUGGCCAGAACCAAUUUUACAAAAUGAUUCCUGUUUGAAUGUGGUGUCAAAGGUGGAGUUUACUGUUGGGUACACAAGUGGCGGGGAGCUUACCAAGGCAACAGUGAACGUGACCCUCGUGACCACCAGACUAAACACAGUGCUGUUGCAAGACCAUGCUGUACGUUACCUGUUGGCCUCACCUUCACCCACCCCUGGACCCUCCCGUGCAAUAGGAUUACCCUCAGAAGCUCCAGUGAUCGGUCGGUUUGGUGGUAACAUCCUUCCUCUGACAGUACAGGGCCCGUCUCAGGGAGGACAGUGCUCUAGUCUGCCUGAUGCCCGAAGACCAGUCCUUCUCACACACAACUAUUUCACUGGUUGCUCCUUCAGCUCUCUGUCAGACAACUGUUAUGAGCUACAAUCUCAACUCUUUGGCAUCCUACAGGGGGCAGCAAGCCCUGAAGUAGUGGCCAUGAACUCAGGCAGCCAGCCAAACUGGACAAGAGUCAUUGUGCAAAACUGCUCUCGCACUCCAUCGGACUCCUGUGAGUCAGGCUGUCUUGUACCCCUCUCCCUCUCUGUCCAGCUGCUCUGGGCUCGGCAAGGACUCCUGUCUUUACCACAGAAUCAAAUAUUAGGAGCAAAAUUUAUUUUCCGAUGUCAGAACGUAAAGUGCCCUCUGACCUCUCCACUGACGGUUACAACUGAGGUGACAUUCUCUGACACCACCGGUUACCCAGAAUCCCCCAGAGGCAAGCCAGAGCCACAGUGGAAAUUCCCUUUUGGGUUUUUUUCCCGAGGAGCAGAGGAGCAGGACGCCGGACUUGUGACAAACCACUGUGAACAUGAGGGGGCAGCAUGGGGCAUUCUCUGCUUUUUAACUUUUCUACUGUCAGUGAUACUGUAGAAUUUUGACCUCAUACCAAUCACUACAGUCAUGAUACUCCCACUGAGUACAGAGUGUAUAGCUCUUAGUUUCCCCCA